AACAACAGACGUCGGUGAAGUACCUUAUCAGUUUCCAUACAGACUUAGCAAAGUGCUUAUUGAGAUGCUUUUUACAAUAGCUAUCCAGUUUUGUUGUUUUCUAUUUACCAUAGGUGCCAAAAUUGAAGACUGCAUCGGACAGCAAUGUUCAGAAGUUGCAUCUAUUCCGCUACUUGAUAAUAUGAAAGCUACAUUAAAAGCUGACAUAGACGUUGCCGAACUUAAUAAAGUUUUGCAAAAAUAUAUUCAUCAAGAAGUGACAAAAUCUGUCAAAGGAGCGAUCUUAAAUCAAAUGGAGGGAACUGUUGAUCAAAUAACCGAUAAUGUGACACUAAUAAUACAGUCUAAUGUUGAUGCUAAAAUUGACAAAUUUCAAGAUUGUCAGUGUUCUAACAGGGAGACAACACCAGCAUUUACAUCUGUUAGCACACAUGAUCAAAGCUAUUCAGCAAAUGUUUCUAUCAAGUUUGACAGAGUUGUAGUCAACAUUAAAGACGGCUACGAUCCAACGACAGGUAUUUUCACUGCACCUAGUAAAGGAGUGUAUCAUAUAUCGUCAACUGUGAUGAACGCAAAAGGACACAAACUGUGGGUUAGUCUUUACCUUAAUGACGUGCGGGUGUCAAGUAUUUGGUUAAAUCCUUCAAGUAACACUUUUGAAAUGGGUACAACAAAUAUGAUAUUGGAUCUGAAAGAAGGAGACAAAGUUUCUAUAAGGUCACGUGGUAAUUACACAGUUCACAGUAAUCAGGAUAUUUACAGCUCAUUCUCGGGCUAUCUGAUAAUGAAUUAAUGAAAAUUUUCCUGUUUUUGACUUUUAAGUUUUGUCUUUUUAUUGCUUAUUUAUAGAAGAAACGGAGAAUGUUUGUAUUCCACUUAAAGUAUUAUACGAAAUGUUCCAAAAAAUUUCAAGUCUUGGAUUAGCAUACAGCAUUGAAAAGACGUUACUGAGUUGUGAGAACUGUGUCUGAUACGUUUGGCAAUUUGAACAAUAAAAUAUGGUUAAACU